UAUAUAAAGUGGGUGUUGCGGAUGCCUCAUGCGUGGAGCUUUAUUCAACAAAGCCAAGGGUUGACACGUGGUCAAGCGAGAGGUGUUCAAGUGGAAUGCACCACGUGGCUGUCGCACAAGACCUGUCCAACUAAGCUGGGAAUCACCCCUGGCCAAGGCUAAGGUUUCAAGAGCACGGGUGGCCCUCUUCCCCGGAUUAUCUGAUGUUCAGAUUAUAAGACCAGGAGGAGACGUUUUCCAUGUUUGGAUUGUGAUUAAAGUAUUGAUUGUACAACAAUAUUUUUUUAGUGUUUAAUCUAUGUUUCAAUUUCUGAGGGAGAAAGACUUGCACAGUUCACGAUUGUAGAGAAACUUAAUAUUUUUGUGAGAUUGCAUGGCGACGUCUCUGCUGCGCCGUUCUGUUGCUGGCGCCAAUUGUUAUGAUUAUCAGACCAUGUUGCCCGAUGUAGCUGCCUCAACGCGGCCUCGGUCUUUAGGAAACCAAGGAUAUGCAUUUCCACACAAUGCUGGUCGCUCAGAACUGUAUAAAUAUCAGUCAAGUACCUGUAUACCGCCUGCAACUUCUGGUUUGCGGCGAAAGGAGAUGCGGAGCUGGGGUUCAAUUCAGUUCGACCCUCUUCGUCAUACCGUGACAAAGCAAAUUUCCCAGAGGAAACUGUCGAGAGGGAAGGGUUUGGCAUUUGCUGCCGCUUCAGAGAGUUCUGGUGACAGCUCGAAGAAUGGAAAAGGAAGGCAAAGGACACGUGCUAAGGAAGAUGUAGCAACUGUACGAGAGAAGAUAAGCAAUUACGUCGAGAAGAAAUCAGGGUACUUCUGGCUUGGUGGACCGAUCGUGGCCACUGCAGCAGUUUUCAUUCCCCCUGCCAUUGUUCCGAUGGUUCAACUCCUGCAGAAUAAUUUUUGGGCUGGACUUUUCAGCACUUUCGGUCUCGACAUACUCUUCGUCUUGGCAGCGGACUUGUUCUUCGUGUUGGCGGAUAAAGCUGGUCAUCAUCAAUCAAUAUCCGGUGGACCUUCACCAUGGGUUGGUCCAUGGGAGCAAAUAGGUUACCCAAAGGGUGAGCCUGUUCUCACGAAGCUAGUCGCUUACGCCGGAGUGGCGCUUGGUGUCCUUGGGAUUGUGAUAUCCUUCUUCAUUGGAAAAUUGGCAGUGGGCCUGCCAGCUUUUGCUUCCUACCUGGCCUUGAUCUUCGCUCAGGUUGCAUACGAGAGACUGCUCAGCAAUGACAAGGUGCCAGUGUAUCCCCUCGUCCCCAUUUUGUACACAGUGUACAGGUUUAAACAACUUGCAAGGGCCACUGAGCUUGUAGCAGUCAUGGGAGGGGGAGCUCCUUUGCUCUUCAUAGUGAAGGCUCUUACGGUUGUCUGGACGUUCUAUCUGGGCAUAACAGUGUCCCAGCUCCCCUGGUUAUACUCAACAUGGAAUUCCAACAAAGCCACGUAGAAUUCCAGCAAAGCACUGUCUCUGCAACCACCAUGGCUCCGGUGUAACCGAAAACGCAAGUCGUCCAGAUUUCGUGACGUUCUUGAGCGCUCAGAAAAUUGUCGCACCUUUGCUUCUGUUUCCCACAGCGUCGUCUACUUCCACUUGUAGACCUUCCAUUUUCUUCUGUUUUCUAUAGACUCUACACCAGAUCUAUGCGUUUUUGGUAUCACCCCUGAGUGGUAGCCUUUCAGUAUUGUUGAUCUUUGAGCCUGUGCAACAUUGGGCUCCAUUUUAUUCAUCAACUUUUCCUUCUACUGAAAUCCUUCAUCCAAGAACAAGCGUUUAGGUUCUGAUAGCUAGCAAGUUCUGAAACAUACCUUCUUUUCUUCUUUGAGAAGGGCACUAUACCUGACACUACAGAUUUGUAUGAUGUGCCCAUGUAACCAUCCCAGUAUCACUAAUUUGGAUUUUGAUCCAAUCUUGAUAGUAAAACAAAAUUCUUAACCAAAGCUGCUUUGUUGCAAGUGUUUUUUUUACACUGCUUAAAUGGUAGUGGCACUUGGCAACGCCAUUGGAAGAAGAAUGAAACUGCUGCUGGCGUUGCCUCAUCGACAAUUAAUUAGCCUUGUUGUCAACGGGAGCUGGUGCAAGCUUUAUUUAAGUUUGAAUUAUUUUCUAGAGAACAAAUAUCAGGCUUCCACAUAUGGAUCCAUUUGAUAGAUCAACUUAAUACAUGAAAAAACCUUUUGACCUUAAAA